AGAAAAGAAAUAUUUCGUGACGGUAUACGGUGUAUUCCGGUGCGCGAUAGCUUUUUGGCGGGAAAAAGUGCAUUUAUUGAAGAAAGUUCGGUUCCUAUCUCUCCCGGGUUUGUUUGUUCGUUCGUUCGUUCGAAACGUGUACGGUAGUGUUUGAGGGUUGACGCCUUCAAACCCGUAAACGACGAGUAAUCCUGUCUUCCUCAAGAAUAAACGAGGCCGAAGGAAGGAGGCACCGUGAAACGGUCGCCAGGAGAGCUCCUAUGAAAAUGCUUCAAUCAUUGAACGCUCUGGCGGGAAAAAUCUCGCCAGGUUCGCCGACCGACAGCAACGCAAACAAGGUGCACAUGCACAACAACAACAACAAUAACAACAAUAUCAUGCAUCAUCAUCAUCCGUACUCGAAGCAACAGGCGCAACAGCCGUCGCCGUCGUCGCAGUCGAGCAAUGGGGACCAGAAGGAAAACACCAUAAUGAACAAUAACAGCGUGGAGCAGCCGGAUCCAGACAACAUAAAAAUGUUUGUGGGUCAGGUGCCGCAUGACAUGGACGAGAACGAUCUAAGGAAGUUGUUCGAGGAAUUCGGAAGGGUGCACCAAAUAAACAUCUUGCGGGACAAGAUCACCGGGAGCCAUAGGGGAUGUUGUUUCGUAACGUUUUACACGAGAAAAGCAGCUCUCGACGCCCAGAAUGCGUUGCACAACGUGAAAACUUUCAGCGGGAUGCGCCAUCCGAUCCAAAUGAAACCCGCGGACAGCGAAAACAGAAGCGAACGCAAGCUGUUCGUUGGCAUGCUGUCGAAAAAGUUCACCGAAAAUGACGUUAGGAACAUGUUCAGUGUCUAUGGAACCAUCGAAGAAUGCUCGGUGCUGAGGGACAGUACCGGAAAAAGUAAAGCCUGUGCCUUCGUUACCUUCGCUAGUAAACAAUACGCCAUCAACGCUAUUAAAGCUCUUCAUCACUCGCAAACGAUGGAGGGAUGCUCGUCACCGCUGGUCGUGAAAUUCGCGGACACGCAGAAGGAAAAGGACCAGAAAAGGAUGCAACAACUCCAGACGAAUCUUUGGAAUAUGGCAGGAGUCAAUAUGACACCGCAUUACCUGACCAACGAUACGCCUGCCCUGGCGCCCGCCUCCCUGCAACUGUUGCAACAACUUCAAGCGACGACGAGUGCGGCAACUCCGGUUGCGGCAGGUGCCGGUGCCAGCGCGCUCUCGAAUGUGCAACAUCAGUUGUUACUGCAACAGCAUCUAGGCCUCGGUGCUGCAACCCCCGCGCACGCGGCUGCACCAACGGUCCCCAGCCCGCCGGAAAUCAACCCCGCGAACCUUCAAGGCUUGGCGACCCUCGCGUCCUUGAGCAACACCGCCGCAAACGCAGGAGUAUCGCCGAUGAGUAUGCAAAACCUGGUCACCCUGGCUGCUAUGACUGGCGGAAACGGCAACCUUCAGGUGUCGCCAAACACAUUAAGCGGACUGGCGAAUUCGACAGCAGGUAUGUCGCUAUGGUCCACCGGAGGUAGUCUCAGUCCUGUGACGUCCCUAGCGCUCAAUUCCUUAACGGGGACUCCCUUAAAUGGGUUACAGGACUCCCUGAGUAAUGCUUACUCCAGCUUGCAACAGUACGCAGGGUUCCCAGCGUUCACGGCAGCAGCAGCGGCAGCUGCAGCGGCAGCCCAGAAGGCAAAAUUCAUCAGCACGGACAAGCAGAUAGAAGGUCCCGAAGGCUGCAACCUGUUUAUCUACCAUCUACCGCAAGAUUUCAGCGAUACCGACCUGGUCUCCACGUUUCUGCCAUUUGGGAACGUCAUCUCCGCAAAGGUUUUCAUCGAUAAACAGACGCAACUAAGUAAAUGCUUCGGCUUUGUGUCAUAUGACAACGCGGCGAGCGCGCAAGCAGCGAUUCAGGCGAUGAACGGCUUCCAGAUCGGCAUGAAACGGCUGAAGGUCCAACUGAAACGAUCCAAGGACGCAUCGAAACCCUACUAGCCGGCAUCGUCCACCGUUUAUAGCAGGUGGCCUGCGACGUUGUGACCGUGUUCUCGAUCGGAGUCGCCGUGCCAUGUCAGUCUCAGUCCGUCAAAUCGGUCAAUCGUUCGAUCGACCGAUCAGUCGAUCAGUCGAUCAGUCACGACUCCUUGGUCAACCUCUUGAUCAAUCAUUCUGUGUCUGUCGGUGCCUGUACACAUCUGCCCGCUCUCGCUCCUCUCGCAAGAAACGGCUGCCCGCUCUGAUCCCAGACAUAUUAUAUAUUACUAUGUUACCCU